AUGAGCCAGCGAGCGCACAAGACGCGCGACCCCGGCGCCGUCGACGAGGAAGAACGCCAGUACAUCACUGGCGGCCAGACUCUGGCCGAGCUCGACGACAAGUAUCCGAACCGCCCAAAGAACCAUUCACGAACCUUGUUCUUCUCCGCCUUGUACAAGAAUCUGUUCGACCCCUUGAAUGACAGCAAGAAACAGCCCUCCCGCUCCUCCGCCGCCCGCUCCAGGGCCGGCCCUCGUGGGACUAGCAAGCUCUCGCCCCAAGAGCACCGUCGGAACAUCAUCGAGAGCUUCAUCUCUCGAUGGCGGUCCGAGGUCGGCGACGACUUCUUCCCGGCCUUGCGCUUGAUCCUGCCCGCCUCCGACCGCGAGAGGGGCAUGUACGGGCUCAAGGAAAACGCCAUCGCCCGCCUCCUAGUCAAGCUUCUCAAGAUUGACCGCAACUCCGACGACGCCUACAGCAUCCUCCACUGGAAGUCCCCCGCGCGUGGCCAGUCGGCUGCCAGUCAGGCCGGCGCCGGUGACUUCCCCGCGAGAUGCUACGAGGUUUUGUCCAGGCGGCCCAUCCUCAUCGAGCCGGGGGACAUGCGCGUGGCCGACGUCAAUGAGAUGCUCGACAGGCUGUCGGCCGCGUCCGGCGAGAAGGAACAGCUACCCAUCUUCGAGAUCUUCUACCAGCGCAUGAACGCCGAGGAACUACAGUGGCUUAUCCGUAUCAUCUUGAGGCAGCUCAAGGUGGGUGCCACCGAGAAGACCAUCCUCGAACUGUGGCAUCCCGACGGCCAGGAUCUUUUCGGUGUCUCGUCAAGUCUUCGCAGAGUAUGCUGGGAGCUAUACGACCCCAGAUUCCGUCUCACUAGCGCCCAGACUGGUGUCAACCUGAUGCAAUGCUUCCAGCCCCAAUUAGCCUGGUACCAGAUGGCCGUCUCCUUCCAGAAGAUGAUCGAGAAGCUCAACGCCUCGACUCGAACGGGGGAUGACGCCGACAACGAGUAUUGGAUCGAGGAGAAGAUGGAUGGCGAGAGAAUGCAGCUACACAUGGUCGAGGACGACAGCAUUCCUGGCGGCAAGAGGUUUUGCUUCUGGUCAAGGAACGUCAAGAACUAUACUUAUCUCUACGGCGAGAGCUUGUACGAACAAGACAGCUCUUCGCUUACCCGCCACCUCAAGAACGCUUUCGCCCCCGGAGUGCGUAAUAUCAUCCUCGAUGGCGAGAUGCUUGUCUGGGACCCGGUGAUAGACAAAGUCUUGAAGUUCGGAACCCUCAAGACGGCCGCCCUACAGGCGUUGCGAAAUCCCCACAAAGACGACGCGCCACGGCCCGUCUUCCGCGCGUUCGACAUAGUCUAUCUGAACGAUCAGCCGUUGACCCAUUACACCUUGCGAGAUCGACGCAACGCUCUCGCCAAAGCCGUCCCGGGAGAGCCAGGACGCCUCGAAAUACUCGACUACAUCGAGGCUACGUCGCCGGACGCAAUAGAGCCCAUGCUCCGCAAGAUCGUCUCGGAUGCGUCCGAGGGCGUGGUGAUCAAAAAUCCACGCUCGAGCUACCACGUCGACGAUCGCAACAGCGACUGGAUCAAGGUCAAGCCCGAUUACUUGUCUGGAUUCGGCGAGGAAGUUGACGUCGUGGUUAUCGGCGGCUACUACGGAUCGGGGCACCGUGGUGGUAGGUUGUCAUCGUUCUUGUGUGGCCUUCGUGUCACCGAGGAUGACGUUAAGGCCGGGGCCGAUCCGGAGAAGUGCUAUAGCUUCAUCAAGGUCGGCGGUGGGUUUCGCGCAGAGGAUUUUGCCGAAAUCCAGCACCUGACGCAAGGGAAAUGGAGGGACUGGAACCCUAAGAAACCACCCAGCAAGUACAUUCAACUGGCCGGUGGCGACAAGCACCAGUACGAGAGACCCGACGUAUGGAUUCGCCCAAGCGAGUCCAUCGUAAUCACGGUCAAGGCGGCUAGCUUGGAAGAGAGUGACUCCUUUGCCAGCAAGUUUACUCUACGGUUCCCACGUUUCAAGUGGAUCCGACAUGACCGAGAUUUUCGUACGGCCUUGGACUACCAGCAGUUUGAGAAUAUCCGACUCAAGGCCCGGGAUAAAAAGGAGGAGAGGGCUAUGGAGAUGGAAACAAAAAGACGCCGCACCACAAAGCGAGCCAGGAGAGCCGUUGUCAUCGCCGGCCAGGACGCAGCGCCCAUCGAGUUUGCCGGGCCCAGGACAAAGGUGUUUGAGGGUCUCGAGUUCUGCGUCUUGACGGACUGCACGGCGCCUAUCAGAAGAUCCAAGACGCAGUUGGAGGCAAUGAUUAAGGAGAACGGCGGCAAGGUGUCACAACGCGCCAGCCCGGGUACCGAUAUGAUACUGGUGGCGGAUAAGAAGGUGGUCAAGGUGGCAAGCUUGAUCAAGGCCGGUGAAGUGGACAUGAUCCGGCCCAAGUGGCUUCUCGAUUGUCUCGCGCAAAGUGACAAGAACUUUCUUCUGCCGUAUGAACCAGGUCAUAUAUUCCAUGCGGUCGAAGCCACAAAUGAGGCUGCCAGUGAAAACAUAGAUGAGUUUGGGGACAGUUACGCUAGGGACCUGGAUGUGAAGGAGCUCCGGCAGUUGCUGAGAGACAUGCCAAAGAAGGAGACAUUUGAUGAACCCUUCAACAAGGACAACUUCUUGGCCCAAUUGGAAGGCCAUGGUCACGAUAUGGGCAGCCUGAGGAGCCACCUCUUCCGAGGCAUGAAGAUGCAUCUUGUGGGGGCUAACGAUGGCGCGCCGGUACUUGCACUCAAGCUCAGGAAUUGGAUCAAGUUUGGAGGCGGGGUGGUGGUCGACGACCUCGACGACAACUCAAUCACCAAUGUGGUGGUCUUGAGCAAGGACGAGACCAGUGAGAUGGAGCGAGCAGCAGAGGUUCGGUCCAUCAUCUCUCGGCGGCAUUCCGUGCCUCGGGUUGUAUCGCAGCAAUGGGUCGAGGACUGCUGGAAGAAUCGGACCGUGGUAGACGAGGAACGAUACGCGCCUCUGUAG